AUGAGCUCAACCCGACCGCGUCCUCCACCCACACUCAGCGCACCAUACAACCCCCCCCCAGACCAUGCCACCUGGCGCACCGCAGUUAUCACCGACCUCCACGCCGCCAACACUAUCGUCAAAUACGGAGCACAGCUCAUCAAGAUCUCCGACGACCGCGACUGGAGCGAAGCAGAGUUUGAACAGGCAGCUGCGCUGGAGGAGGCUGCAGGAGAGCUGGAAGAGAGGCUAGGACGACAUCAAAACGUGUUUUCACAGGUCCAGAUGGUGGCGGCGAGGAGGGAGUUGUGGGCGAAGGACUUGCCGAAGCUGGAGGCAAGAAGGAAGGAUGUGGCAGAUGUCCUGAGGGAUUUGGAAAAUGCAUUGAAGGCUGCUGAGGGAGAGGAGGGGGAAAAUAGGGAGAGACCGAAGUAUUUGCCGCCCCCCUUUAUAGAGGAUACGGUGUUGAGGGUGGGAAGCCUGGGGAGUAGAGGGAGGCGGUGA